CAGGCUGUGGUCUGCCUGAUGUUACUCCGACGCAGUAUUUGCCGGUUUCCAACACCGUCGAGCUGGAUCUCGCGGGUUUCACCAGCUACCAUGCCUCUCCGUGCCAAAGUCACCAACCCAGCAUUCGGGGCCACGGCUAGUAUGUCUACGGCACCUAUCCCCAAAGAACUCCCCGGAGACGAGCCCGACGAUGUCCUGUUCCACUCCCACUACGGUGUGCGCUUGAUUGAGCUCAACCGCCCCAAGAAGCUCAAUUCCUUGAACGGCUCGAUGGUUCGGAAGAUUGUGCCUCGACUGAAGGAAUGGGAAAAGUCCGACCUGGCCAAUGUCAUCAUGCUCUCUGGCGCUGGCUCGAAAGCUCUGUGCGCCGGAGGAGAUGUGGCUGCCCUGGCUCUGCAGAACGAAAAGGGCCCCGAGGGCCAGCAGGCCUCUUCCGACUUCUUCGCCGACGAAUAUCGUCUCGAUCACCUCAUCGCGACCUACCAGAAGCCCUUCGUCUCCGUGAUGGAUGGUAUCACCAUGGGCGGCGGUGUCGGUCUCAGUGUCCACGCUCCCUUCCGGAUCGCCACUGAACGCACUGUGUUUGCCAUGCCCGAGACCACCAUUGGCUUCUUCCCGGAUGUUGGCGGCUCCUUCUUCCUGUCCCGUCUCGAUGGACAGCUCGGGACAUACCUGGCCCUUACCUCGGAGCGACUUCACGGCGUUCAGGCUCUGUAUGCUGGUGUUGCCACGCACUACCUGCACUCCAGCGCGCUGGCUAACCUGACGGCUCGUCUGUCUGAGCUCGUCUUCCGUGACUACUCCACAUUCCAGGAACGUCUCGCUCUUGUCAACAAAACCAUGGCCGAAUUCUCGACAGGUGUGCCGUCCGUGCGCGAGGAGCCUAUCCAAUUGGCUGGCAAGCUGCGCAGUGCUAUUGACCGCUGCUUCCAGUACAACACGGUGGAGGAGAUCAUCCAGGCGCUGCAGAAGGAAACGGAGAUGAAGUCGUGGGCCGAGAAGACCCUGGAGACCCUGUCGGCGCGGUCACCCACCUCGCUCAAGGUUGCCCUGCGCCAGCUGCGUGUCGGCCGCGAGUGGACCAUCUCCGAGACCUUCCAGCGUGAGCACGCCAUCGCCUCCAAGUUCAUGAGACACCCCGACUUUGUGGAGGGCGUGAAGGCCCGCCUGAUGUCGAAGCCUCCCCGCCAGGCCACCUGGCAGCCGGCGACUCUGGAGGAGGUCUCGACCGAGACUGUCGACAAAUUCUUCGAGAUUUCCGAGUCUGAGUCGGGGCCUGAAUCCCGGCUGAGUCUCUACCACUACAAGUCCCCGUACACCCAAUAUCCCUACAAGUUCGGGUUGCCUAGCGAAAGCAGAAUUGAGGCUUUCGUGCGUCACCGUGGAAGAAAGGAGAAAGUGACCCUCAACGAUAUUGUUGCGAACUUUGACAGCAAAGAGGGUGUGAAGGAGAAGGCCGCUGAAGUCCUGGCCAGACGGACUGUCCAGGGCGAGGAUGGUCUUGAAUGGGUGAACUGAUUUCUUUGGCGAAAGAGAAAAAGAACAUCAGAAUGUUAAGGAGUCCAUUUGUUCCUGUUGUUGUGUUCGUUGGGUCUGUAUAUUGGGUUAAUAUUAUCAACAUGUAUUUCAUAUAAAGUUAGACACGCAAGCAACGGUCCUUUUUCC